UACCUUUUUAAGUAGAAGUUCAAAUUCACAUUUAUGAAUCACUUUGUUGUUCUUUUCAUUUUGUAGGUCAAAAAUCCAUAAUACUGAAAUUAUUCUUGAUAUUAACUUAAGGAACUUCAAGAAUAUCUCAAACUGUUUCAAAAGACACCUCCAAUUGUCCAAUUCUCCGGCUUGUCUUCAUGACGUCACAGAUUAUGAUGAUGUUCAUAUGCCAAGGAUUACUGGAAUAUUGUUUGCUGUUAAUAUUUUGUUGCCUGAAAUGAAAUUAUAGCACCCUUUUGUUGCAUUCACUUUAAAAUAUAAGGAAUGUCCAACUGGUAUGGUAGAUGAAGAAUCUUUUAUACAGAUAUUUUCCCAGUUUUUCCCUUUAGGCGAUGCUACGAAUUAUGCACACUACGUGUUUAAUACGAUAAAACAGAAACAAACUGGAAAAAUAAGUUUUGAGGAUUUUCUAAAUAUAUUAUCAAAAGUUUCAAGAGGAAGCGUCAACGAAAAAAUUCAAUGGGUUUUUAAUCUCUACGACCUCAAUGGUGACGGUCUCAUUUCGAAAAACGAAAUGGUUGAUGUAGUCACCAGUAUUUAUGAAAUGCUUGGUAGGGCUACUCAACCAGUUGUAGAAGAUUCGUCGGCAAAAGAACAUGUAGAAAAAAUUUUUAAGAUGAUUGAUUCAAAUAAAGAUGGAGUUAUAACAAUAGACGAACUAAUACAGUGGUGUUCCAGGGACGAAAGUUUUCUUAAAUCUCUAGAAACAUUAGAUACUGUAUUGUGAUUAUACCACUUUGUAUUAAUACUACACUUUUACAAUAUUUAAAGAAUUACAUUUUUUAUUUACGAUAAUACCUUUUAAG